AUGCUGAUCAUCGGCUUCGUUUGCGCCGCGACCUGCCUCUCGGCCUGGGCCGAGCAGCCGGCCGACCAAGUAGCCGGACCCGGCCCCGGACCCGGGCCCGGACCCGGGCCCGGAAUAAGGACAUCGAACGUGCUGGGCGGGCCGGAGCAACACGCGUCCUUCAGUUUCGUUCGGCCCGGACUGACGCAAACCUCGUACGCGUUCAACGGACCGAGUUCCCAUCAGGCGUUCAGCUCUACCGUCGGCAAUCCGAGCUUGGCUCAAAGAGUCCAGCCGAACCUGGCGUAUGCUCUCGCCUACAGGAACCCGGGUCUGGGCCCCCUCUGGGACCGAUUCGGACCGAUCGCGUCCCCAUACGUAGCCGCGCCCUCCCGGCUUGCCCAGGACCAGCUCCUUUCGACGCCCUACCCGACCCAAUACCUGCAAGCCCAGAGGGCUCAGGCUGUUCCGGUGCAAGCUCUUCCAGAAUUCGCGACGUAUCGGGAGCAAUUGGCGCAACUUCUCGCUCUCGGACAGGCGCACCUGCAACAACUGCAGCUGCAACCCUACCAGGUAUUGGAACGAAUUCAGUCUCAGCAGCAACACGUGCAGCAAGAAACGCAGAAUCUGUUGGGCGUCGCUUAUUCGGCGGCACCCUCCGUAGCUCGUGUCAAAGUCAAUGGAAAUGGAUUCAAAUUUGACUUUUAGCUCGGUAAUCUUUUCCCACUAUUUUUCUCACCUUUGCACGUGUGCGUGUUAACGAGGCAAGAUUUGUAUGCGUACGACAUUGCUAUGUUCGAUUGGAAUCAAUUCAUAUUUCUCCGAAACUGUCAAGGAUACCCUAGUCGCCUUUUCCGAGAGGAAAGUCGCGCGUGGUGAGAGAUUCUCUGAAUAAAAAAUAUGAAUU